UGUACAGAAAUCAUGUAACUUCAGACUUUCAAGGCGCUCCUUCAGCAUGCACAAACACAGGCCAUUUGUGAAACCGAUGAUGGUAGUAACUACGUCAGGAUAUGUGGUAUCUGUUCUGGGGCCGUACCUCGCCGACUCAAAGAACAACAAUGCCGGAAUCUUAAAUCACAUGAUCCGGAACAACACCGAGGAAAUGCGAGACUGGCUCCAGGAUGGUGACACAUUCAUUGUAGAUCGUGGAUUUCGGGAUAGUUCCGAGAUGCUUGGAGACAUUGGUAUCAACAUGGAAAUGCCUUGCUUCAUGCAGAGAGGUACAUCUCAACACACCACACAGGAAGCUAGCCAUUUACGCUUAAUAACUAAGGUAAGAUGGGUAGUCGAGUCGGCCAAUGCGAGGUUGAAGAGGUGGAAAUAUCUGAAUCAUGUCAUACCAAAUACACAGAUUCCCUUCAUUGGCGACUACAUAAGGAUCGUGGGUGCCCUAUGCAACAGAUUUACUUCUGCCUUAAGUUCUGGCAAUGAGGAGGAGGAUCAGGCCACUGCCCUGAAAAUGCUGCAUCUCUCUAAGCGGAAAAACGAGCUACAGGAAUUUGUUGAAAGUAAUGGAUCCGGACUGUCCAACAGGACAUAUUCAGAGCAGAAAAUUGAUGCAGCAGGUUUUGCGCAAGACUUCCCAAAACUGUCCGAUUCUGAAAUUCACCAGUUAACGCUAGGAGUGAACCAACCUGUCUGCGAUGCCACCUUCAGAAUAACAAGUAUUUGUGCGAAAUGGCCUGGUAGCGUCCACGACAGCCGAAUAUGGCGCGAAUCUGCAUUGUGUCAGAAAUUUGAAAACGGUGAAUAUAACGGAUUUCUACUAGGAGAUUCUGGCUAUCCGUGUAAAAGGUAUCUGAUGACACCAUUUCUAAAUCCUUCUACUGUCCCAAAACAGAAAUUCAAUGCAGCACUUUGUAAGACCAGGGUAAUAGUAGAACAAACGUUUGGAAUCUUGAAGCGCCGAUUUUCGUGCCUACAAGGAGUACUUAGGACAACCCCACGUCAAGCAACGAAGUACAUCGUUGCCUGUGCAAUAUUGCAUAACACUGGAAUAGACCAAGGAGACAUCGUUGAAUCUACACAAGUUCAAUUUUAUGGUGGAAACAACAAUUACAACAAUGCAUUAACUGGUGAUGGUUUCAACAUGCACAACUACAUCGUGGAUACGUAUUUCACUUGCGUAAAAUAA